AUGAGAUUCUUCAUCAUCCUUAUUUUGGCUCUUUUGGCUGUCACUGCUCUCGGUAAGUCUUGAUAACGUCGAGAGUAGAAAAAUUACAAUUUCAUAUUUAUUUUUUUUAAUUUAAACUUAUUUUCCGUAAUUUGAAAGCAACAUUUUCUGUAGGAGCCGCCCACCACGGUAAAAAGCCAGUCCACAAGAAGCCAGUUCAUUACCCUCCAGCCCACAAAGGACCAGCUCACAAAGCUCCAGCUCACAAAGCCCCAGCCAAAGCCGGUACUAAAGCUCCAUCUGGAACUGGUGCCACUUCAGCUGCCAAGACUACUGGUGCUGCUGCGGCUGCUACUACCGCCAAGGCUUCUUAA